AUGGACGAUGUCCUGACUCCUGACCCCCUUCGCAACAGUCCUGUUCUGUUCUCUUCUCCUCACAGCUACGUACGGCUACACCAUCACGAUAGCAUGGACCACUUGCACAUGGAUCACGGUCACAUGGACCACGACAUGCCCGGCAUGGACCACGGCCACAAGUGCAACAUGAACAUGCUGUUCACGUGGGACACGACAGACCUCUGCGUCGUCUUCCGCAGCUGGCACAUCAGCGGCACCUUUUCGCUGAUCGUAGCGCUCGUCGGCAUCGUACUGCUCACCGCCGGCUACGAGGCUGUGCGCGAGGCGUCGAGGCGGUACGAGGCGCAUGCCAACAAGGCGCUCGAGGGCAGAAGGGGCGGUGAUGAUCUGAGAGGUGAGUUCAUGCUCUUCUUGUCUAACGUGAAGCGCUCGUGCGGCGCAUGGGGGAUUGCGGGCAUGUCUUUCCUUGCUUCGUCUACCACACGUUGGAACGACAGCUGAGUUCAGCGCGCGAAAGACGGCAUCACGACCGAUGAAUCGAGCUCAUUGCUUCACUCAGGGAGAAACGCGGGAGGCAGUGCUGAGCAGCAGGCGAAGCUUGUCAAGGCUGCGCUGUAUGCUGUGCAGGUCUUCUAUUCGUUCUUCAUCAUGUAAGUUGGAUCCGGCAAGUCUUUGGUGCAUGUGCUGGAACUGAUACUUGCAGGUUGUUGUUCAUGACAUACAAUGGCUGGAUCAUGCUUGCUGUUGCUGCUGGAGCGUUCGUCGGCUACUUGCUUUUUGCCAACUCGAGCCCUACCAAAUCGGCUGCUUGCCACUAG